CAUCAUCUCAGUUCUCAGUUCUCACAUCCAAACUCAACACCUCUUGUCGCCACGCAACACAGCCAAAGAUGAGCCACAGAACCAUCGUCUCCUCCUCACCGCUUCCAACCCCUUACCGCAAAGAUUCAAUUCGCAGAGGAACCAAGAGCCCAAAGCUCCCAGCUAGCUAGCUGAAAUGGCUCUCGCCCACCAGAUCACCAACCAGCCGCUCCUCUCCUCCCCGCCGUGCCUCGCAAGAACCAACGGUAGCAAUGCGCGGACGGCGAGGACGGCGUUUCUUGGCCACAGCUGCUGCCUGAAGCUUCGGGAUACGGCGAUGAGAUGCGUCGUCGUCCGCGCGUCUUCGUCAGCGCAGGCGGAGCCCAAGUCCGGAGGUGGGGACGGGGAUGGAGGCCAGGAGCCGUACGAGGAGUACGAAGUGGAGAUCCUGAAGCCGUACGGGCUCAAGUUUGCCAAGGGCCGCGACGGCGGCACCUACAUCGAGGCCAUCUUCCCCGGCUCAUCCGCCGAGCAGACCGGCAAGUUCACCGUCGGCGACAAGGUUAUUGCCACCAGCGCCGUCUUUGGAGAGGAAAUCUGGCCGGCGGCAGGGUACGGCCAGACCAUGUACUGCAUCCGCCAGAGAGUUGGCCCUCUCUACAUGAAGAUGCAGAAGAAAUUUGGGAAAUGGGAUGGUGCUGCUGAGCUCUCUGACAAGGAGGUCAUCAGGGCUGAAAGGAACACCGGAAAUGUCAGCACUAAACUCAGAGAGAUUCAGAUGCAAAAUUACCAGAAGAAGAUGGAGCAGGAGAUCCAAAGAGAAGAUGACCUUCGCAUGGGGCUAAAGCUGUACAAGGAUGGAAAAUACGAGGACGCGUUGGAGAAGUUCGAGUCGGUGCUGGGGUCAAAACCAGAGAUUGAUGAAGCUUCCGUAGCCAGCUACAAUGUCGCCUGCUGUUAUUCGAAGCUCGACCGGGUUCGCCUCCUACUUGUUUCAAUAUCAAGAGCAAAACUGCAGGUCUGCCGCUCAAUACACACAUAUGGAUGUUCGUUUGUGCAGAUACAAGCUGGCCUUUCUGCACUUGAAGAAGCGAUGAAGGCAGGCUAUGAAGACUUCAAGAGGAUUCGCACCGACCCGGAUUUAGCAAACUUGAGGAACUCGGAGGAGUUCGCCACCCUACUAAACAAGUACGAUGAAUCAUUUAUCAACGAGAACGCCAUCAAUGCUAUCAAAUCCAUAUUUGGAUUCGAACUGGAUGGUGCUCUCAGAAUUUGCAAUGCACAGACAUGACUGUUUGUAAGUCUGGAGUAGGUUGAGGUGGGUCUUCAACCUAAAGGAGCCCACCUUGUCUUGUGGGAGAGAAGAGGAGUAAUGCACUUACCAAAUAAGGUUAAACCAGGGCAGGUCAUCUCUAUUGAAGAAUUUAUGCAGAUUCUUCAUCACAAGAGCUUUAUUAUGAUCAAUUUCCAAGCCUCCCUGCAACUUUGGUUAACCGAUUCAUGGAAAUAUUAUCUCAAACAGUGGCUUGAAGUAACUAGAAUCAGAGCAAAGCAAGAUAAGGCUGAUCUGAUCAACACUUGGAUAGCACAAAACUUGUAAUUUUCUUCUAUGUUUCACAAAGCUGGUAUUGGGUGAUUCUCUGUGUUGAAAUAUAUAGCCCACCUCCCUUCAUCAGUUUCGAUUUUUGGAUGAGUUGGCUGAAGCAUGAAUUUAAUAUGGUAUCCGAACCAACAGGUUUUAAGUUCAA